AUGACAACACAAGAUUCCAGUCAGACUCAGGUGAAUUCUGUGACUAAGAUGCAAGCUGGACAUGAAUCAUCUGGUCCAGAUGUUGUUGUACAAGAGCUCAAGCCAGCCAGCAAGGAGAGCUCACAUAAUGUCUCAGAGCAUGAGAUAGUCCUAAUUGGUGCUUCACUGGAAAAAAAUAUCUCUUUGCCCAGUCCAACUAAAGUUGAACUUAUAUGCAAAUUAGAUGAGAAUUCCAAUUUGAAAAAUCCUCAAGUGACUUGGAAAAAGGGAAGUGAAACAAUCAGUCACACCAGUAAAACUCAGAACAGCUGGGCCAUCCAAGUGACUGUCUCAGACAGCAGUCAGCUGGGAAGUUACACUUGUAUUCUGAAAGCUGAUAAAGAAAUCACUGCUACGUUUCAUUUGCAAGUACCAAAGCUUGAAGGAAAAGAAAAACCUAUAAUCACUUAUCAAGGAGAUAGAGCUGUAAUGGUUUGUAAAACUGAGUAUGAGCCCAAGGCUUGGACCUGGUAUAUGACCAAUGGAACUGAGCUGGCUCCCAUUGAUAAGAUUUUGCAUACAGACAAGUUUCAAAUUAAGAGACCAUCUGCCAAUGUAAACCGUCUGGAGAUAUUCAAGCUCACCAAGGAGGAUCGUGGUGUAUAUUGGUGUGAAGCUAGUUUUGAAUUAGGAAACAGUCUCAUGAGGUUUGAACUUAAAGUUCUGUCCAUUGCAGCACCUCUCAAGCCCUUUAUAGCAAUUGUGGCUGAAGUUGCUAUUCUUGUAACUACUAUUGUCCUCUACGAGGUAUAUUCAAAAAAGAGAGGAAAAGGAGGUAAAAAAGAGUUUGACCAAAUUGAGCAACUGUAA